UUGGCAACGCUAUUUAUGUCCUUUUACGUCCGGCCUUUAACUACAUUUAAAAUAAUAUGGCGCGUUUCUCAUAUAAAUAUUACGUUAAAUAAAAACAACGUUAAAUCAAAUAUUUUGUUUUGUUUUUCAAGAAGUGUUAUAUGUUGUGUAUCUGUAAUAUUAGUUCGCUAUGACUUAACAAGUAUGGAUGCGUUUAUACUAAAAUAUCUUCAAUUAUGCAAUGAAAACAAAAUGGAACCAAAUGAGGGGAUAUUAAAUGCACUACGAUUAAGUAAAAAUUCCACUGAUAUUGCAGAUGGUAACCAAGUACUGCAUUUAUCAGGUAGCAAUUUAUCACCGAGCGAUUGUAGUAUACUCGCUAAAUGUAUUGCAUGUGACCAGUAUUUUACAGCGUAUUACUUUGGAGAUUGUCUCUUAUCAGAAGAAGCUUCAAAAAUUCUAAUGGACUCUUUUUUAUUUAAUAAAGUAAUCAAAAUUUUGGACAUUAAAGGUAACAAUAUUCGCAGUGUUAGUGCAAGUCUUAUAGGAAAAUUGCUUAAAAGGUCAUUAACACUAGAAGAGUUAUCUCUAGAAUGGAAUGGACUUGGAAUGCUUCAUACAGGUAUUAAUGAGAUAGCAGAAGGACUAUCAAUUAAUACAUCGUUAAGAAUACUAAACUUAAGUAAUAAUCAGAUUUCUCAUGAAGGCUGUCAUGAGUUAGCUUCUGCACUUAAAAGAAAUAAAACAUUAUCAGCUCUUGAUUUAAGAUGGAAUAAUGUUGGUGUUUUGGGUGGAAGAUCACUUUUAUCUGCGCUUGCUCAUAACAAGUAUAUUAUAGAUCUUCAGCUUGCAGGUAAUAACAUUCCAACAGACUCCUUAAAAGCUAUUGCUACUGCAGUUCAGAGAAAUAUUGAUUACCAUUCAAUUUUUUAUCAACAUCAGUCACUAACAAAGUCUUUACACAAUGAGAUAAAACAGCUAGAACAUGAAAAAGCAAAACAGGUAUUAGCAUUAUCUGAACAACUGAAACAGGAAAAAGACUUUCAUGAGAGUUUUGCAGAAACAACAAAAGGACAUUUUGACCAAAUGAAGCAUGCACUUGAAUGUUUAAAAGAUGAGAAUGACAAGCUAAAAGAAGAUAAAUCUUUGUUUGAAAAGCAAUUUGAAAAAUCAGAAAAGCUUGUAAAUGAAUUAAAAGCUCAAAUCAUUCAGCAUGAAAAAGACUUUGCUAAUUUAAGUUCACGAUAUAAUCUUGAAACAGGUCUUCUCAAAGAUCAAAUCGAACAGCAGAAUAAAAACUCAAAGUCCAUCCAGAGUGAUCAAGAUUUGCAAAUAAUUUCACUUAAAUCUCAAAUAAAAGAAUUAGAAAUCAAAAUUACCGAAUUGUAUCAAGAAAAAAAAGUAAUUGAAAAAAGUUUAAUAAAUAUGAAAUCAAAGUGUGACGAGGAGUUAGUUGAAGUUUGUGAGAAAUACAAUAAAAAAAUUGAGGAUCAAAUUUUUCGACAUUCUGAGACAGAAAGAGCUUUUGACGAGAAGCUUAAAAGAGUUUCAGAAGAAAAAAGACGACUCGAAGAAGAAAUUGCUCUUUUAAAGUCUCAUAUGCUUUCAGAUAAAUUGAAACAUGAAGAAGAUUUGUUACAACAAAAAACAAAAUGGAACCAGGAAGAAGUGUUGAAACAAAAACAAUACGAAGACCGCAUAAAUUGUUUAAUAACUUCAAAAGAUGAGUUUCAAAACAGAAUAAGCACAUUAAGUGCCACCUCUACACAUUUAGAAAAUCAGCUAAAGUGUUGUCAUAAGGAGCUUGAGUCACUAAAAUCACAGAAUGAGCAGCAACAAGAAAUAUUAAACUUGAAGGAUGUGCAAUACAGAGGUGAAGUGAACCGUUUAAAUGUGUUGAUUGAUAGUGAAAAAAGACUAAAUGCUGAGAACAAAGAAAAAAUAAACCAUUUAGAAAAUAAGCUGCAAGGACUUCAGUCUGAUAUGCAAUAUUUGCAAUCAUCUAAAGAUAAAGAGAUUCAACAGCUGAAAGAAUUUAUUAAGAAAAAAGAUGACGAUUUAAGACGUGCACGAGAUGAUGAACAGCGUAGAAUUAGUUUACUUGAAUCAGCCAUGCAAUCUUAUAUUCAUAGCUCAAAAUCUGCAUACCAGUCGUAUUCUUAAUGAAAUUGAUUUUUAGUUUAAAACAGUAUUUUACUAUUUUGUUUAUAAAUGAUUCUGUAAAUAUUUAUCACUUUAAAUAAUGAAAAAUU